CCUAGCCGCCUCCCUUCGCCGCCGCAGCUGAUCGGCCAUGUCUUCCUCGACCUCCGAUGCGGCCAGGGACGACGUCGUCUCAUCUCCCGACCUGCCCCCCCUGUCCGCGCACGUCGCCGCGGCGGCUGCUGCGGCCGCGGCAGCGGCCUCCUCGGGGGGAGGAAUAGGGCUCGGGGGCGGGGGCUCCGGCCGGAGGCUGCCGCCGCCGUGCUGGACGCACGAGGAGACCCUCGCGCUCAUCGAGGCGUACCGCGACAGGUGGGAGGCGCUGAGGAAGGGCAACCUGCGCGCGGCUGACUGGGACGACGUGGCCAACGCCGUCACCGCUCGCUGCGGUCGGUUCCCCACCGCCACGCAUAAGUCCGGCGUGCAGUGCCGCCACAAGAUCGAGAAGCUUCGAAAGCGAUACCGCGCUGAGCGGUCGCGAUCCGCGGGGCGGUCCAAGGGGCCCAAGUGGCCGUUCUUCCCGCUCCUCCACGACCUCGCCGGCGGCGGCGUGCCGGACCCUAGCCCUAACGCCAUCGUCAAGAUCAAGACCAAGGGCCCUGCCCCGCCGGCAUCCCCGCCUUCCCCUGUGUCCUCCCCUUCCUCCUCCGAGGAGGCUGUGCGGAGCAGGAGCCUGCACGGGCUCAUCUCCAACGGCGGGGCCGGGAGCGGGCUGCGCUUCACCAUCCCUAAGGCCUGCCGCACGAAGCCCGCCGCGGCGGCAGCUGUGAAGCCGGAGAGGAGCGGCGGCGAGGACGACGCCGAGUCAGAGGCGAUGGCCGAGGUGGCUGCCGCACUGCGGUCCGUCGGGGAGGGGUUCCUUCGUAUGGAGGAGCGCAGGCUCGAGCUGUCGCUUCAGAUGGAGAAGGAACGAAUGGAGUCAGAGAUGAAGCGCACCCAGACGAUGCUCGACGCCCAACAGCUCUUCCUCGAGGCCUUCCUGGGUAAGCAGCAGCAGCAGCAGCAGCACAAGAAGGCCAGGGUCUCCCCUUCCUCUGCCGCAAUGGAAGAGGACUGAUCAAUCCAUGUAGCCCGGUUGCUCUAGUUCUGCUCUGUCAACCUUGUGUGCAUCCUUCCUCGCUCUGCGUUGACUGCUGUUCAUGCUAGUAUUGUUAACUUUGUGUCAGUAGCAAUAUAAUCUUACUAUUGUGUAUGGAUGGUGAUGUAGGUGUAGGGAUAUGGAUAUGGAUAAGGGGGGAAGGGCGAGGUUUGAAUUAGAAAUUAGGUGGUCUCAGUUUUAAUCAGUGAACGACUUGUGUUAUGAGCUUAUGAUGAGCUGCUGCUGUUACGUUGAAACACUUCAGCUUGUUCAAAUGGCAUCUACUCGUUGUCAAUUU